CGGGCUUAGCGCCAAAUACAAACGGAGUUUGGGAACCGCCUUUGUGGUGGGUGAAGCGGCUUGGACGUGGGAAGGGCAUUCAUGACAACCCAUCAGCAAUUGAGACGGACUGACUUCCGGCGCCCUGCUAAUGCCCCCGAGCAAGUACGGGUUUGUGUACGACUGCGUCCAGGUGUGGGAACUGGACAAGGCCAGGAUGCUCCAUGUGUACGAGGUGUGGAUUCCCACUCCUUGGAAAUUAUCAACUGGAGGAAUGAGAUGGAGACUAUGAAUUACAAGUUUGAUGCGUUUUAUGGUGAGGCAGCCACCCAACAUGAUGUCUACAUGGGGUCAGUUCAGCCUGUCUUACACCAUCUGCUGGAGGGGCAGAAUGCCAGCAUAUUGGCUUAUGGACCAACUGGAGCAGGCAAGACGCACACCAUGUUGGGGAAUCCAGAUCAGCCAGGAGUGAUCCCUCGAGCUGUUCGAGAUGUCUUGAAGAUGACAAGGGAUGCUACAGGAGAUAAAUGCAAAUACUCAGUCUCUAUGUCCUAUCUGGAAAUCUAUCAAGAAAAGGUUUUGGACCUCCUUCAGCCCUCCCUCCGAGACUUGCCUAUCCGGGAGGAUCGUAACCACAACAUCCUGGUGCCAGACUUGACACAGAAAGAGAUUGCUAACUUUGCAGACUUUGAAAGCCAUUUUCUGCCUGCGAGCAGCAACCGAACUGUGGCAUCGACUCAGCUGAACCAGCGCUCAAGCCGCAGUCACGCUGUAUUGCUGGUUCAGGUGAACCAGAUCCAGGGCUGGCUAACAUAUGCUCACCGGGCGGCAAAGCUGUGCCUGAUCGACUUAGCGGGCUCAGAGGACAAUCGACGAACAGGCAACAAAGGCCUACGCCUGAAAGAGAGCGGAGCCAUCAACAACUCCCUCUUUGUACUCAGCAAGGUGGUUGAUGCCCUUAAUCAGGGUUUGCCUCGAGUUCCCUAUAGAGACAGCAAGCUGACCCGUCUGCUGCAGGACUCUCUGGGAGGUAGUGCCCACAGCUUGAUUAUUGCAAACAUUGCUCCAGAGAAGAAGUACUACUUUGACACCCUCACGAGCCUCAACUUUGCUGCAAAGUCCAAACAAGUUGUGAAUAAACCCUUCACCCAGAAAGCCCUGCCAGCAACCGGUCGUAGGAGACCAGGAAAGUCUGAGGAGACUGGCACUCUGAGCAACCAAUCAGGAGCAGGAAGGCCUCCUCCUUUAGACAGCAAGAGGCCUUGUCUAGGCUUCGGUGGUGCAGGCCCUGAGGCCAAGAGACCUUGCCUGCCCGAAGAACAGCCACAGCCACUUGAGGAGAAGUCACUCAGUUCUUUGCUGCCUCUGGAGAAUCUCGAGCCCGCUGUGGCUGAACGACUGCUACGACUAGAGGCCUUGGAGAAGGAGCGCUUGGGGAGCCACGCGUUGCCCCUGCUUAACACGCCACGCAGGGAGCGCUUGAACGUUCUGAGACUGCUGGAUGAGACACGCCGUGAGCUGAAGAGUCUUAAAGAAAAGCAGCUAGAGAUGGAAGCCCAUUCUCUGAAGAAGAAAGACAGGGCACUUUUCUCCCGAGCUACAAAACCCCGGAUACAGGCCACAGUACUGCCCCUCCAACAAGUGCAGACACCUGUCAAGUGUCAGGAAGAGGAGGAAGGUGUUGUUAUCCUGAAACCAAAGAAGAGAGGCCGAAAGAGGAAGACUUCAGCCCUCGACUCUGAAAACAAGGCUCCCCCUGAGUGGGAGGUGGAGGUCCGUCCGGACCUGCUGGCUCAUAGCAAGGCUAAUAUCCUGUCCCUCCUGAACUCAGGUUCUGUGAAGGAUCUGAUGGCCCUACACUGCAUUGGCAAGAAAAAGGCGCAGCUCAUUGUGAGCUGGAGAGACCUGCAUGGAUCCUUUGAGAAGGUACAGGACCUUGAGAAAAUUCAUGGUAUUACAGCUAAGCGAAUAGACUCUUUUAUGAAGGUAUGCAUUAAGUUUGUACUCAGAACAGAGGAGGAUUAUCUACAGGUUAUCUAAUGUAGUUGGAUCAGAAUUCCAAUUAGCAGUGUGGCCGGUGGGUGGGGAUGAUGGAAGUUGUCACUCAACAUCUGGAAAGUCACUGUUUUCCCAUCUUUAUGUAAGGGUUUUUUUAAAUAGG